UCGGACAUGAGGAGAAGGGUCUAUUAGACCCCACCGCGAGGGACUGGAGCGCGUGAACACUGACCGAAACAACGACAGAAGAAGCGAAGCCCAUUCGGAUUCCAGACGUCCCCCGGCCGGGCGACGCGUCUCGAGAGGAGGGGGGGUGGGGGUGGGGGGCAGAAUGACACCCGGACGCCCCGACGUCUUCCGCCCGCUGGGACUACUUCUUUGCUAUGCAUCGGCCGGUUUUUGCAGCGUUCCGUGGAACUAGCGGGGGUUUCGGUGAGCGCGCGCGGGACCCGAGGGCACCAUGUCCAAAGCGCUCCAGAGGCGGAACCACUGGAGCGCCAAAGUGAACCAGUGCCUGGUGGCGCGCGACGCCGCGGGGGAGCUGAACGUGGGGUCUCGCGGCGGAAGCGAGACGGGAGAGUUUCCCGUAACAUCGGCCGGCCCGAGGAAGGGGAAGGAAGACCCGCGGUCCUCCCGGGACGGCGACCCGCGGGAGGGGGAGUUCCUCCUGAGAGUUGAAAGCUCCCCGUUUCCGGGAUUACCCCUCUAUGACAUUUCUAAUGUUGAUGACGUGCUGCGAGGGGCCCGUCCGGGUUUAAAAACUGUGCGUCAAGGUCACAAGCUCAACCAGGACCUGAAGCACUACCUGAGCCUGAGGUUCCAGAAGUCCUCCCCCGACCACGAGCUGCAGAAGACCAUCCGGGCCAAUCUGUAUCGCCACGCUGUGCCUUGUACGACCCGGGCCCCUCGAGACGGAGAGGUCCCAGGGGUGGAUUACAACUUCCUGUCGGUGGAGGACUUCCUGGAACUCGAGGACAGCGGCACACUGCUGGAAAUAGGAACGUAUGACGGUAACUACUACGGGACCCCCAAGCCGCCGAGGCAGCCCGUCGGCGGGACAGUGAUUGCCGGCCAUGCCGGCUCCCAGCAGUCCACCCCGAAGCGCACAAAGUCCUACAAUGACAUGCAACACGGCCGCGUAGUGCCUGCUGACCACGACGAUGACGACCAGGCCUCGGAAAUGAACAACAGUUUUACAGGUUCUCUAGUGCGUAGCCUCUUCCCCUCUCCUCUGUUGCGAUCUGGCAACCCCCCAGAACUUGACCGGAUCCGGGGCGAAGAAGGGAUCCAUACGGAGGAGUUGGAGACGGAUCUCGAGCUGCCUCCGGGAUGGGAAAGGAUAGAAGACCCGGUGUACGGCGUGUACUAUGUAGAUCACAUCAACAGGAAGACCCAGUACGAGAACCCAGUGGUGGAGGCGCGGCGUCGGAAAAUCCUGGAGCAGCAGCAGCAGCAGCAGCAGCAGCAGCAGCAGCAGCCGCAGCCUCCAGAAGAGUGGAUCGAGGAGCACUCGUCGGCGGCGGCUCCGCUCGCGAACUACGCUCCGAACCACCUGGAGACCUACAGGGACCCGCAGGCCCCGCCCACUCUACCUCCCAUCCCCGCAGGGGCCAAGCGGGGGAAGCCUUUCUUCACGAGGAACCCGGCGGAGCUGAAAGGAACCUUCAUCAGCACCAAGCUGAAGAAGAGCCGCCGCGGCUUCGGCUUCACCGUCGUCGGGGGCGACGAGCCGGAUGAGUUCCUGCAGAUCAAAAGCCUGGUGCUGGACGGGCCCGCCGCCGUGGAUGGAAAGAUGGAGACAGGCGACGUGAUCGUCAGCGUGAACGACACCAUCGUGUUGGGCUACACCCACGCGCAGGUGGUGAAGAUCUUCCAGUCCAUCCCCAUCGGCUCCAUGGUGGACCUGGCCCUGUGCCGCGGCUACCCGCUGCCCUUCGACCCCGACGACCCCAACACCAGCCUGGUGACCUCGGUGGCCAUCGUGGACAAGGAGCCGAUCAUCGUCAACGGGCAGGAGGCGUUCGACUCGCCCUCCAGCAAGGCCGGCCCCGCCAACGGCGUGAGGGAGGCGCGCUCGCACAGCCCCUCCGAGGCGGCGUCCAACAGCUCGCACGGCUACUCCAGCGACGUGGUCAACCUGGCCUCGUCCAUCGCCACCCAGCCGGAGCUCAUCACCAUCCACAUGGAGAAGGGCGACAAGGGGUUCGGCUUCACCAUCGCGGACAGCCUGACGGGGGGAGGCCAGCGGGUCAAGCAGAUAGUGGACUACCCGCGCUGCCGCGGCCUGAGGGAGGGGGACAUUCUGAUGGAGGUCAACAAGAGGAACGUCCAGAACAUGAGCCACAAUCAGGUGGUGGACCUGCUGAGCAAGUGUCCCCGAGGCAGCGAGGUCACCAUGUUGGUGCAGAGAGGAGUGGUGCCGGCCAAGAGGAGUCCAAAGCUGGUGCACCAGUUGGAGAGGAAGGACAGCCAGAGCAGCUCCCAGCACAGCGUGUGCAGCCAUCGCAGCGCCCACGCCGACUCCCCCGGCCACCCGCCCUGCGCCAUGCCCGGAGAGGCCGUGGGCCCCACCCCGGCCGCCCCCACCCAGCCCCUGCCGGGCCUGCCCCCCCACGACCCCGCGGACGGCACCCUCACCCUGCAGAAGAAGCCGGACCCCUUUAAGAUCUGGGCGCAGUCCAGGAGCAUGUACGAGAGCCGACUGCCGGAUUCCCAGGAGCAGGACAUUUUCCUCUGGCGGAAGGAUACGGGCUUCGGCUUCCGCAUCCUGGGAGGAAAUGAGCCCGGGGAACCUAUCUACAUCGGCCACAUAGUGAAGUACGGCGCGGCGGACGAGGACGGCCGCCUGCGGUCGGGCGACGAGCUCAUCUGCGUGGACGGCACGGCGGUGGUGGGCAAGUCCCACCAGCUGGUGGUGCAGCUGAUGCAGCAGGCCGCCAAACAGGGCCACGUCAACCUCACCGUCAGGCGCAAGUCGGCGGGAUACGGAGUGUCGAAGGGAGAGGGCGACGUCCCCCCGUCGCCGGCCUCCUCCCACCACAGCAGCACCCAGGCGCCCAGCCUGACGGAGGGCAAGCGGACCCCCCAGGGCAGCCAAAACUCUCUCAACACCGUCAGCUCCGGCAGCGGCUCCACCAGCGGCAUCGGCAGCGGCGGCGGAGGCGGCAGCGGCAGCGCGGUGGUGCCGGCCUCCCUGCAGCCGUACGACGUGGAGAUCCAGCGCGGGGAGAACGAGGGCUUCGGCUUCGUCAUCGUGUCGUCCGUGUCCAGGCCCGACGCCGGCACCACCUUCGCCGGAAACGCCUGCGUGGCCAUGCCCCACAAAAUAGGACGCAUCAUCGAGGGCAGCCCGGCGGACCGCUGCGGGAAGCUGAAGGUCGGCGACCGGAUAUUGUCCGUCAACUGCUGCUCCAUCACCAACAAGUCGCACUCGGACAUCGUCAACCUGAUCAAAGAAGCCGGGAACACGGUGUCGCUCCGGAUCAUCCCGGGUGAUGAAUCUUCCAAUGCUUCUCUGCUGACUAAUGCCGAGAAGAUCGCCACCAUCACCACCACACACACACCUCAUCAGGCCAGCGAGUCCCGGAACAACUCACAGUCCAAAGGAGCUCCGCCCCCUCCGCCCGCACACAUUCAGGAUGCCGAGUUCUAUUCCGUGGACCUGGAGCGGGACAGCAAAGGCUUCGGCUUCAGCCUGAGAGGCGGACGGGAGUACAGCAUGGACCUGUACGUGCUGAGACUCGCCGAGGACGGGGCGGCCGUCAGAAACGGCAAGAUGAGGGUGGGGGACGAGAUCCUGGAGAUCAACGGGGAGAGCACAAAGAACAUGAUGCACUCGCGCGCCAUCGAGCUGAUCAAGAGCGGCGGCCGGAGGGCGCGCCUCGUCCUCAAGCGGGGGGACGGAUCCGUCCCUGAAUAUGACGGCGGCAGUGACGGGCACCCUCCCACACCCGGGGCACAAAACACUCCGGAAGUGAGAACGCUGCCGCCUAACAGCCGAUAUCACACCUCAUCGGAGUCCAGUUAUCCACCAGACCUUCACAAACCAUCACGCCAGGAGGAGGCUGCGCGUGGCCGGGACAGGGAGAGGGCCGGGUCAGAUCAGAUGGACUACCAAGGCCGGCAAUUCAACCCCCACCACCAUCACACCUGGAAUAACAAUCACAGUCAAAGCACCCUCAGACAGCAGUCUCCAGACAACACUUACAACAGCGGCAGCGGCAGCAACAAGAAGAGCCGAGGCCGCAAGGUCAAGAAGUCGGAGUCGGAGAGCGGCAUCUCCAAACUCCUGAAGACUCUGAGGAAAGACAGCUCGGGGAAGAAGGCCGCCGCCGCCCAGAAGCUCAGGGGGCGGGAGCCCUCGGGCAGCAGCUCCACCUUGGACGGAAGGUUCCGGCAGCAGCGCCGCGGCUCGCUGGACCGCUCGCCCGCGCCGAAGCGGGCCCCGUCUCCGGACCGCCGGCGGGCCAAGUCCAUGGACCGCAGGGCGGAGCGGGCGCCCCGGGACCGCACGCCCGAGAGGGAGCCCGACGACGGCGGCUUCCUCGCGGCCACGCCCGAGCGCCGGUUCCACGAGCGGCGGCUCCCGAGGGACUCGCGCGCCUCGACUCCCGAGCGCGCCCACAAGAACGGGGACCUCUCGCCCCCGUCCAGGGGCCGCGCCUGCGACAGGGCCGCCAGGAACGCCAACCUCUUGAGAGACUCUUCCUCGGAGAGGGGGGAGGAGCGGUGGUCGACCAACGGGACCCCGCAGCGGCGGUGCCGGGCGGAACGGGACUCCUCCCCCGACAGCAACUACAGCCGGGACGAGCCGAGCUACGCGGCGCCGCCCCCUCGACUGGUGGAUUACUACGGCGUGACGAAGAACAACGCCGCGCACAACAACAACGCCGCCUACAGCAACGCGGGCCACAAGAAUAACGCGGGAGUCCGCGGCGCCAACCAGCUCCCCGAGCCCAAGAGGAGGCUGUACAAAGAAAGCCCCGACCUCAGCAUCUAGGGACGGAGACCCGCCUCCUCGCCACUCUCUCCUCUAUCUGUGCAGACUUUGUACAAUACACUGGACCCGUGAGGAUGCUAAAACUCUUUGUCCUUUAUCUGGUUGACUACUCGUGAUCCCAUCCGGAGAUUCACAGAACAGCAGGAGUUCAAUCCUUCCAUCAGUUCAUGCUGGUUGUUUUUUUUUGUUAUAGUUAUUUUGGACAUAACCAGAGGUUGAUGUACUGUUGUGAAGGUAUUGUCUGUGCCUGCAUAUGAAAUCGGUGAUAUUGCUUUUUGUAGGCAUUUGCUGAAUCUAAAUAUUUGUUCCCUCAGAGGUGAAACGAAACAAUGCUUCCAGUUGUGAAAUUCUUCUAAGCUUGUUUUCAACUUUUUUUUUUUUUUUUUAGAUGUCUGUUUCAUUCCUGAAUCGCUUCACUGAACAAACGAUAGCACAAGAAAGUCACGUUCAGGCAGAGACGAAAAAAAAGAGAAAAAUCUAAAUUUAAGAUCUGACGGUGAAAGGCGAGUGAUAAUUAUAUAAAUAAUAUAUGACUUUGUGUUGGAUUUGCUCACUUUUUUUUUAUUUAUUCUUUUAAUUGGCACAUAUCCUGAGCGAGCUUCAUUCCUUGAAGACUCGAGGAAGACGAGCACACCGAAGGAAAGCAUGCUGUACCUUUACUUUGUGUCGCACCCUCGAACUCGAUGGCAGCUCCACCCUCCUUUCGCCCAAAACGUGCUCCCACAACCCCCCCACCCCCCCCCACCCCAAAUUAACAAAAAGAGAUCAGACUACCGCGUCAUUAUUUUCUCCCAGAAAUAGCUUCAAAAAACGAGAGAAACCUAAAUUGAUGAGUCUGCAUUAUGCCACAAAACCAGCGUUCAGCUGCCGUAACACACAAUCCCCCCUCUGCCACCCCCCACCCCAAAAGAGUGUAAAUUACCCCUGUGCAAGGUGCAUGUGUACAAUGAAGUGUAGUUGAGCCCCUUAGCUGUGAGCGGGAAUAAGGAACAUGCACAGUGAUUGUUUGGCCCCCGUCCUCGUGUUGCCGACGACACAAAGAGCUGACGCGGCGACAAAGUCGACCGACCUGCCGCGCUGAGCCAAGCCGGGCCGUGCUGAGCCAAGCCGUCGCGCCACUGGAGUCUGACUGCUGCUUCAUGAUGAUGUUUUGUGUGUGUUCUCUGUUUUAUGUUUCAUUAAAGAACUAAAAUAUAUUGGGAUAAAAAAAAACACAACAAACGCAUUGUUUGAUCACUGUUGUCGCCAUGGUACUGUAUUAAAAAAAGAACGAAAAAGAAGAAAAAAAAAAGAACACAUUUAUGAAGUUAACCUGUUGGCCAUCACCUGUAAAGAUUUUUUUUUUUUCAAUGUAACUAUUAGGAACCUGUCAAGGAAUAAAAUGUUGCCUUUUUCUUGUACAAAAGAGAAAUUUAUGGACAACCUCAGCCGUGAGGAAUGUGAUAUUGUGUUUAUAUCUCUGAAAUGGACCUGAUGAUUUAUGGAAAAUAUGUUAAUUUACUCUGGAUCAGGUAUGUAAAGACGUUUUAAAAAUGAAAGUCUGUAUUUGGUCGAUCAGAAACUGUUUGAUGGUUUGAAUCUCUCUCGAUGGUUAGCCUGCCUUUGUAUUAUAAAGCACUUGUAUGCAGUCUGUGUUCUUCAAGCAUUAUUUCUUGCAAUGUGCUCCGGACAUAAUGCUGUCUCUGUGUUGAUAAAAGCAGUACAUGUAUAUGGGCCAAUCUUUUUUAUAAAACUAUGCAUAUAUAAAUACUACAUUGUUCAUAGCUUUAUUUGACCCAUGAAGCUAUACAUAACAUUAGUCUAAGUACAAGUAGAUGUGGACUUAUCCAGCUUCUUUCCUUGAGAUGGAUUACGAUGUAUAUGUAGCUAUCAAAAGAAGUCUGUGAAUGCUAUUUUUAUUAUCAAAUAAAGUUUUCCAUACAAAUUCAAAA